AUGGCCAGGUGGAUGGAUGACGAUUUCUUGGAUUUUGGAUUUCUGUGCAAGCUUCUGGACAAAUAUGCCAUACCCUUGCUAAGAGUAUCAUGCCUCUUUGAUGCACAUGAACACUUUGAGCGCACACCCGGUGGCAGUUCUGGAGGUGAGGGCUCCUUAAAUGCCGCUGGCGCCUCCCUCUUCGGCAUCGCCUCAGACAUUGGCGGCUCCAUUCGUAUCCCGAGUCUAUACUGCGGCAUCUUUGGCCACAAGUCGUCCGGCGGAGUGGUAUCAGUGGGCGGUCAUUUCCCCAACUCGAUCGCCGAGGAUUUUGAGCAAUAUCUGGUGGAGGUACCCAUCAGUCGUUUCGCCGUGGAUCUACCUGAUCUCCUCGAGGUGAUGGCUGGCAGCGAGAAGGCAGCCACACUUCGCUUGAGGGAACCCUUCCUGUUAAGCCAACUGAAGAUCCACUAUGCCAUGGGGUUCGAAGGUAUCAACGGAUGGAUGCAUCAGUCGGUGGAGGGGGAGAUCCAAAACGCAAUUCGCAAGGCUGUGGUGCACUUGAAAGCCCUCGGUCUGGAUGUGCAACGCGCCAAGCUUCCAAGCCUCGGCAACUCCAUGGAGAUGGCCCUGGCCGGGAUUGCAGGCAUGCACCAGAUGGACUACCUGCUGGAGGCCGAGCCAACGGAGGGGUCGGGCAAAGUGCGCGAGACUCUGGGCGAACUGUUUCGCAGCAUCCGCGGUCAGUCGAGUUACACAACCAACGCCCUGAUCUUUGAGCUUAUGCGCCGCUGCCAGGCGUUUGUGGGAAGACCUCAAAUGGAACAAUACCAUGCGGAGUCCAGGGCGCUCAUUGGAGAGUUCAGUACAUUUCUAGGGGAGAACGGGGUUCUCCUAUUCCCCACCAUGAGCUCGCCGGCCGCCAGGCACAAGUGGACAGUUUUGCCGUUGUGGGGCAUCGACUACACCCUCAUCUUCAACGUUCUCGGCCUGCCGGUCACGCAUGUGCCAGUCGGAGUUAAUAAACAGGGCCUGCCGAUAGGAUUCUCCGUAAUUGCGGCGCCCCAUCAGGAUCGCUUGUGUCUGCACCUGGCCGUGGAAUUGGAGAGGGCCUUUGGCGGUUGGCAGCCACCCACUCCACACGAGUUUGAUGAUUAAAUGAACGUUGAGAAAGAACUCUUUGAAUAUCCAUCGAAAUACAGUGUCUGUCCCAGUGGUGGAUGAAAUUGUACCAAUAGCAAUUUAUGCUGGAAUAUGGCAUCUUCUCGUAUUCCUGGGAUCUCGCGUUAUCAGGAUAUUUAGAGAGCCACAUGGCUGUAAUAUGAAACAGGCAGUUAAAAAAAAACGCAAAAGUAAAAUACAUAAUUCCAGUUACAACCAGUUAAAA